AUGCCAGGACACGGCAUUUCUCGUUUGCUCCUGUGCGCCUGGAUCUGCGCGGCUUGGGAGGUGCUGGCCAAAUCUCUUCCAGAGCAGGGAGCGCUUGAGGUGCAAAUAAAGGUCCAAUUGUUCGACAACAGCGACUUGUCUCCUCUGGCUGAUGCUGUGGUGGAGGUCCAUGGGAAUCAGACCAUAUUAGCGUCUGGGAAAGCAGGGAGUGAUGGAGUCCUUCGAGUCAGCUUUUUGUACCGUGCGGGAACUUGGGUCAUCAUCUCGGCCUCUAAACCCGAUUACGUCACCAACUCUGUACCUUGGCACUCCAGCCGCAUCCCACUGUAUGCAGCUGUGAGUCUGUAUCUGCUCGUACAGCGACCUGGAACUCUCAUUCUGUACGAUGACGUCCUCCAAGUGCUGUCCGGCUCUCCAGGGGCCCGUAACCAGCCGCUGGUGCAGCUCCAGAGAAAGUCUUUGCAGCUUCCUCCAAACUCUAACUACACUUCUCUGUCGGCCGCUCUGACCACCGCCAGGAGCCAGUACGAGAUUGGGGGCUUCCCUUUCCUCCUGGGACAAGAGACCAACAGCUCAGGGGCAGAAACUGGCUGGACAGAUUUGACGGCACUUGCAGUGGUCAGCAUUGAGCUUCAUGAUAAAAAUGGAAGUCCAAUCCAGGUUUCAGAUCCCAUCCACCUGUCCAUCCCACUCCCCUCGGACACUCACAACACCAUGGCAACCAGUGUCCCAACGUGGCAGUUUCAGCCUAAAACGGGUCUGUGGGUGCGAAAUGGGACUGGCUACAUUAAAAAGGAUGGCUCACAGUUUGUCUGGAACCUUGUGGUCCCUGGGAUGGGAUACUGGUUAGCUGCUUUCCCCACUUCUUCAGGAUUGGGAUUCUCUUAUCCUGGCCUGCGGGACAUUACCACAUACCACACCCUGUUCCUGUUGUCCAUCCUGGGAUCCCUGGCUCUGCUCGUGCUCAUCCUGCUCUGUGUGCUGCUCUACUACUGCAGGAGGAAGUGUCUGAAGCCUCGGCGACAACAGGGCAAGCCCCAUUCCUCCAAUUUGAACAGUGCCAAGAGAGACCAGGGCACCUCCACAUCUCGUUUAAAUCUCAUCUGUGGUGGCCAUGUUGAAUCCGGAGCAGCUAACGACAAAUCUGAGUUAUCCGAGUCCAGAGACUACCACAGCUCACGGGAAGACCUCACCAAACACGUCCCAGCCCACAAGUUGCGAAACUCAAAAGGCAAAAAUGUUUCCAGCUCCCAAAGAGGUGAAAGUUUCCCCAUGAAGGUAACCCGUGCCACGGAAACAAACAAUCUGGACAACCCCUUGCUCCAUGAAGACUACAACCGACACCAUAAUGCCAAUGACAAUCGCGGAUACGCAUCAGACCCUCCAUCUCCACCUCGUUUCCAAGGUUACGUGCCAAAUCAGACAGACAAACCUCCCGAAUAUUCAGCAGCAGCGGCAGACAGCCUCAACCGGCCCACCUCCCUCAACACGCAGCCAGGACAGAUCAUCUUCUGUAGCUCCAUUGACCAAAUGAAAGAGAAUAUGUACAGGAGUAUGGUCCCCACUCUAGUCAUCCCAGCCCACUACAUGCGCCUGCCCUCGGAGUUCACAAAUAAAGACGGGAAAGAUCCGAAAGACCAAGACAAAGAUUGUGGUCCGAUGGGUCAACAGCACCAUCACCAGGGGCAGAGGCAGGGCCAGCAGCAAGGUGGAUCUCAGGGCGAUGAUAUGGAAGAUCCCAGCUGGGCGUCUGAUUCGUCUGGAGGGCCGGUCACGAUCCCUGUGCUCUUCAACGACUCGACCAUGGCUCAAAUGAACGUGGAAAUGCAGGCGCUAACUGAGAAGAAACUGCUGGAGUUGGGUGUGAAGCAGCACCCACGGGCCUGGUUCAUCUCCCUGGACGGACGCAACAACGCCCACGUGCGCCACUCCUACAUAGAUAUCAGUAACGAUCUCAGCGGGGGAGGAUUUGGAGGUCCCAGUCACCUGCAAAGAGAUCUCCACCUCGAACCGCAUUUGGAAGAACGUAAACUGGGAGCCAAUCGUAAAGGCAAAGACGACCGCUGGGGGUCUGCUCCACGCAAGGGCCACAGCGGCGCAAGCAGCGGGGGGAAGAACUACUCCAAACUGGCCUAUCCGGACCACAGCGAGCCCAGCAGCAGCGAAGGACGUCCAGUGUCACCUGAGGAGAACUCGCUCACCCCUUUGCUGGACGAAGACCCGUCAUCCCGCGGCUCCACCAUCACCAGGAGGGGGCGCAGUCGAGUGAGCAGCAGCCGGAGCAGCAAUAGCGAGAACAGACGCGAUUCGAUGACGAGCCCAGAGGACGAUCCGGAGGACAAAGAGGAGAACAAGAAGAGUCCGUGGCAGAAGAUCGAAGACAGGCCUCUGAUGGUCUUCCACCCGAGGAAGUGA